AGUAUAACCCCUGACGUCACCCAUGGCCAAAAUCUUGGGUUUUACCUCCGCUCCAAGCCAAAAUCUCCCAUCACCGCCAUAAAUCUCUCGACCGAUUGCUCUCUCUCGGCUUCAAUUGCUCUCCCAUCCGUCAAGCUCCAAGCCAAAACCUUCAAUCUUCCAUAGCUUCUGCGCUCAACUCUGACUCUCUGCUCUGCCUCUAUCUGGACGAGUUUUAUUCAACUAGAAAGUGCCCUUUGACCCUGGCAUGGGAGAUUUGGAGAAGAUGGAUUUGGAACGUCGGGAUGGAGACACAAAGAUGACGGCGACAAGGAUUAGGGUGAAGAAGAACAGGAUUGCGGAGUUGGACCGCAAGAUAAUUGAAGAGAACGUGGAAGAAGAGUUGGAGGGGUCCAUGACUCAGUUGCCGCUAGCGGCAGCUGUGGUUUCUGUGGCCUUUGCGUCAGUCGCCGUCGUUUGCUAUUUGAGGUUUCGGAGAAGAAGAUGAUAUCAUCACGUGACCAGUGCCAUCUUCAUUUUGACAUCAACGUAUUGAUCACCUAGGUUUUAUGGGUUGUCUAAGAGUUCAUCUUCCUCAACUGGGUUUACACCCAAACAUCAAAUUUCCCAAAAUUCAACCUAAACGUUUCAGUAUUUCUCCAAUUUCUUCCGUGAAAGUAAUCUGUGGUUUGAGGACUAGGCCAAGAAAGCCCUUGUGGAGGUCAAGGGUAUUGUCUACAGAGACUAUACAAGCAGUCCAGUCCAUGAAAUUAGCUGCAAAAACACCUAAUAAACUGGAACAAGUUUUCAAGACCCAAGUGAUCAGACUCUUGAAGGGUGAUUUGCUGGAUGCCUUAACUGAGUUGCUGAGGCAAAACGAAUUGGAGCUAGCCCUCAAGGUUUUCAACCAUGUGAGGAAUGAAAUUUGGUAUGUUCCCGAUCUUUCCAUAUACAAUGACAUGUUAAUGUUGUUGGGAAGGAACAGACUAAUUGAAAUGGUUGAGAAGCUCUUUUGUGACCUGAAGAAAGAGGGCUUAAAACCCGACACCCGGACAUACACUGAGCUGAUUGGAACGUACUUUAAAGUGGAUAUGAUAGAAAAAGCCAUCGAGACGUAUGACUUGAUGAAGGCAUCACAUUGUGUACCAGAUAAGUUGGUCAUGACAAUCAUGAUAAAGAACCUUGAAGACACCAAACAUGAAGAAGUUGCCAAAAGAGUGAAGAAAGAUUGUGAACAGUAUUUUGACUACCCUGAGAAAUUCCUAGAAGAAGUUGAAAGAAAAUAUCCAAAGCGAAGGUCCCUUACUAUUGUGUGAAGACUUCAAUCUUAUUGAAAGAACAAAACUGCAGUUCUGGAAAUCAUGACACUUUCUUCUGUAUUGAGUUGAUCAGUUGAAGCUUUGAGGUGAAGCAGGUGAUAGCAUGGAAUUUGUGGUAAUGCACUAUUAAUAUGUACUCAAGGGAUUGGUUUCCUUUUCUUUCACCAAAGUGGGUCCAUUUUUCUUUUGAAAUAUAGAAAUGACAUUAUAUAACAGUGAAUCUUUUGUAGAAUAGUAGAAUGUAUUGAUUUUGUCCUCUUAGACUAUUUUGAUCAUGUAUAUUAUUGGGGUGCAUCAGACAUUAAGCUCAGUA